GUUAAAGUACACUGUACACUGAUUAAAUAAGUUUGUUCACAGUUUUCAUUUCCACUGCUCAACAGUUUUAUAUUACACUCAGAUUCAUAUUCCUCUCUCUGCUUUUUCCAUUAAUUUCCCAAUGAAUUGCCUUCAGAAUCUUCCCAGAUCCUCUGGUUUAUCACUGAGAAACUUCACAGGCACUACAAAAAAGCCUUAUUUCCCCGUUGUUUCACUGGGGAUGACAAAAUUUGCUGAUCAGCGUCUAAGUAUUGUGGCACAGGUUGUAUCUGGUUCUGAAUCUAGUACAGAGAAGGGUGAAACAGAGAAGGAUGCAGGAAAAUCUGAUACAUACAGCAAUGACAUGACUGCAGCCAUGGGAGCUGUUUUAACCUAUAGGCAUGAGUUAGGAAUGAACUACAACUUCAUCCGUCCAGAUUUGAUUGUUGGGUCAUGUCUACAGACUCCUGAGGAUGUGGACAAGCUUCGCAGCAUUGGAGUAAAAACUAUUUUUUGCUUGCAGCAAAAUCCAGAUCUCGAAUAUUUUGGGGUUGAUAUUGGUGCAAUUCGUGAAUAUGUCAACAAAUGCAGUGAUAUUGAACACUUGCGUGCCGAAAUAAGGGAUUUUGAUGCAUUUGAUUUGAGGUUGCGGCUUCCAGCUGUCGUAAGCAAACUGAGCAAGGCCGUCAAUAGAAAUGGGGGUGUGACUUACAUACAUUGCACCGCUGGACUUGGCAGAGCUCCGGCAGUUGCGUUGACAUAUAUGUUCUGGGUUCAAGGCUAUAAGCUUGGUGAAGCUUUCAAUUUACUCAUGAGCAAGCGCUCCUGCUUUCCAAAACUAGAUGCCAUCAAAAGUGCCACAGCAGACAUUCUUACAGGCCUUAAAAGGAAGCCUGCCACAUUGACAUGGUCUGGUGAUGAUUGUAGUACAGUGGAAAUAUCUGGACUUGAUAUUGGCUGGGGCCAGAGAAUAUCCUUGGAAUUUGAUGAGGAACGAGGUUUGUGGACUCUCCAGAGGGAUUUGCCUGAAGGACACUAUGAAUACAAGUACAUUGUUGAUGGUGUAUGGACAUGCAAUGAAUUUGAGCCCAUCACUUCUCCCAACAAAGAUGGACAUAUCAACAACUAUGUAAAGCAGGUUCUUGACGACAAUCCAGACAGCAUCAGUGCAGCAGUUCGGAAUAGGCUCACUAGUGAUGACCCUGAUCUUACUUCAGACGAAAGGCUAAUAAUUAGGGAAUUUCUUGAAGCUUAUCCAGACGAAGAAUGAAGUGGAUGCCACUGCAUAUACUUACUAUAUACAUGUUAUAAUUGUAACAAGCCAAUAAUUUGCUAUAAGUGAUGCAAUGUUAGAUGUAGUUGUUUGUAGUAUGACCACACAAGUUGUAUGAUACGUUUAUAGGAAUAAACAUUAGUUAUAUGUUGUAGUGAAGUAACUUACUCCACCACUGCUUCUCUUCCUCUUUU